UCAAAAUUUCAAAUAAUUUUCUCCUCCGUCGUCUUCCAGAGCAGAAAGACGGAAAGGGAUAUGGCUGUCAUUUCCAAAAUCUCGGCGGACGCCACCGCCACCUCCGUCGAGGAUCCUCUUGUUCCUUGGCUCUGGUCAAUUAAGAAAGCACUGGACUCUCAAAGCUCAGGCGGAAGCAACAGUGAUGAAGAUCUCGAUCGGAUUGUUUCAGAUUGCAUCCAGACCUUCAAAAAGGAUCCUCGGUACCAGAAUGACGUCAGAUUUCUCCAGAUUUGGUUUCUCUACAUGGAUGGGAGUUCAGAUUAUGACAGUGUUUUCAGAGAAAUGUUGCAGAAUAAGAUUUGUUUGUCCAAUUGUAUGCUUUAUGAGAAGUAUGCGUUGCUCCUGGAGGCGAAAUGCAGGUUGAUUGAUGCAUUUAUGGUUUACCACUUGGGCAUUUCAAGAAAUGCUGAGCCGCUAGGCAGGUUGAAGAAGGCGCAAGUUUUGUUUCUUGAAAGAGUGUCUGAAUUCAGAAUGGCAAAUGGUUCACUCCAGAAGGACACUCAAUCAGAGAACGGUGAACCACUUGUGAAUCCAUGGGUGAUCUCAGUCAUUAAGAAUCUACUGCAGAAGAUGAACCCUCAGAUAUUGAAAUAUGAUGGAUAUCAUCUGAGCAAAAAGGCUUACCCUGGAAAGGUGUCAUUAUCUACUUUGCUGAAAUCAGGCAGGAAUAAAACCAUUGAUUUAGGUGGUUUUGCAUACCAAAUCAAAGGCUGUGCGGGUAAGGGUGGAUUUGCACAGGUGUUUAAAGCAUACUUUGAUAGUAAUCCAGAUGAGGUUGUUGCACUAAAGAUUCAAAAACCAGCUUUCCCUUGGGAAUUUUACAUGUAUCGUCAACUGGACAUACGGAUUCCACAAAAGGAGAGGUUGAAUUUUGGCUUUGCCCACCGGUUGCAUCUUUAUUCAGACUACAGCAUACUGGUCUCUGAUUUUGUGGCUCAUGGGACACUUCAGGAUGCCAUAAAUUCUAAUGCAGUGAUUGGAGGUUCCAUGGAAGAAAUAUUAUGCAUUUAUUACACCAUAGAGAUGCUCUGCAUGUUGGAAACCCUACAUGGUGCUGCAAUUAUCCAUGGUGACUUCAAGCCUGAUAAUCUGCUUAUUCGUUAUGCAAGGGAUGACCUAACAGAAGAUAAAGAAGCUUUACGUAACCGCACUGGUCCAUGGCGUGACCAGGGACUUUGUCUUGUUGAUUGGGGUAGGGGAAUUGAUCUCAGCCUCUUCCCUGAAAAGACACAAUUUAUAGGGGACUGUCGAACAUCUGGCUUUCGUUGCAUUGAAAUGCAAGAGAAUAAGCCAUGGACAUUUCAGGUGGAUACAUAUGGCCUAUGUGUGAUUGUUCAUAUGAUGCUUUACAAUUCCUACAUGGAGAUUGACAAAAGAACAGCUCGUGGUGGUGGCGACUACAUCUAUCAGCCCAAGUCACAUUUGAAACGGUACUGGAAUAUUAAACUGUGGCAGAACUUAUUCGCCAAGUUGCUUAACCCCGAUCCUAACAAAGAUCACCUGACAUUGUUGAAGAAUCUGAGGGAGUCAUUUCAAGAUUAUAUGUGCUCAGAUCCCCAGUUGCUUAGGAGGCUCAGACAAUUAUUACUGAAGCAAAAAUCUUCCCUAUGUUCUUCUUAGUCAUCACCAAAUGUGCCACUCCUAUAAGUGUGUUUUCUUGUCCCUUUGAUUGUUUCCCCAAGAAAUCCAGUGUGCAUUUUGGGCCUAUGGCGUUUACAGGGUGCUGUGUGGACUUCAGGAAUCACUAUCUCCGUGAUGAGAAUGAUGUACUUAGAAUCUUGUGAUAUGGUGUUUUCUACUCUGAGGUUGUAUUGAUUACACCAGUAAGGUCUCCUCGUACAGUAAUUAUUA